GUCAUCAAUGCUUUGCAACCGCUCCCUUUCUUUAUCUGCAGCCUACAGACUCAACAAAUGAUACCACUUGGAGAGUUUAUUGCACUGUCAGUAUAACGUUGCCUAAAAUGUGUUAUGGUGGCUUUAUCGGACAGUUUUAUUUCCCUGGCUGGGCGAAGGACAGCUAUUAUAUACCUGGAUGAAUUGUCGACACUGUCUUUUAACUCGGGAAUGCAUAUUGUGGACUAGCAGUUGCAUUUAGGAUAUUUGUUUUUCCUUAUUCUGACCAUGUGGAAGUGUUGAAAUGCGCACGACAGUGGAUUCGGUUCCGCUUAUAAAUACUGUAUUUAAUAAUUACGGUAUUUCCGUGCUACAUGUUUUUUUUAUUCGAUGCGUUUAGUUGAUGGCGACAGUUUUAUGUGACUCAACUCAACUUCUUCACCUGCGGCUGUUCCUUUUGAACACGGUCAGCUUGAAGACAACGGUUUUACACACCACGAACUGUCAUUGAACAACCAUCCCGAAAGGAGUUACAAGAGAGUGGAACUUACUUUCUAAAACUUUGUAAUACCUCAACCAAAUUAUGACUUCGGUUUGGAAAAGAUUACAACGCGUUGGCAAAAAAGCUUCAAAAUUCCAGUUUGUGGCGUCUUAUCAAGAACUUGUGUUGGAAUGCACGAAGAAAUGGCAACCAGAUAAAGUCAGGGUGGUUUGGACCAGAAGAAAUAGGCGUAUGUGCUCUAAGCUUCAUGGAUGGCAGCCGGGCAUCAAGAACCCCUACAGGGGGAUGGUGGUUUGGCCCGUACCUGAAAACGUGGAUAUCUCCCUCACACUCUUCAGGGAUCCCCAUUCUGAUGUGUUUGAAGACAAAGACUGGACAUUUGUCAUUGAGAGUGAGACAAAGGGUCAACGUAAGGUCUUGGCUGCAGUGGACGUGAACAUGAAGAAGUUUGCCAGUGCCACUCCCACUCAGCAAGACCUGACAUUGAAGCUGAAGCCCCUGUCUGUCAAGGUGCUGGAGGCCACUCUGAAGCUCUCCCUGUCCUGUGUGUUUCUCAGAGAGGGGAAAGCCACGGACGAAGACAUGCAGAGCCUGGCCAGUCUGAUGAGUGUCAAACCCACAGACAUCGGUAACCUUGACGACUUCAACGAGAGUGAUGAGGAGGAAGACAGGAGGUCUAGUGCUGGAGCUAGCAUUAGCAAAGCUGCCGCAGUCCGGCAGAGGGAGUGGGGGAGGCCAAGGCCUGUGUCAGGCCCCUCUGGCCUGUCCCCCUCCUAUUUCUGUCCCUCUCCCAGAGAUGCCAUGGCCCCUAUCCCCCCUGUACUCCUGUUGACUAGCCUAGACCUGGAUGCCCUGUGUAACCCUCACUCUCCUCCCCUUUCCAUCCCCUUCCCUAAGUCCUCACCUCCUGUCAAAUGUCUUUUCUCUCACAACCCUCCAACUCCUCACCCUAACACCCACCAUAAACUUGCCCUAGUUGUUGCCCCUCUCUCUCACCCUCUACCCAAGCCUGUCCCUCUGCUUCCUGCUACUGUCCCUGCCUCAGCUGUUCUCACUGCCUCCCAGUCAGAGCUACAGAGGGAGUUGAAGACUCUCACAGAAGAGGACUACCAUAGUCCUACUCUUGGUCCGAAACUGUCAGAGCAGCAGACGGCGUCUGUGUCCAGUGAGACCGUUCCCCUGGCUCUGAGAGGGGACGAGUCUCCUCACUCCCCCAGGACCGUUGGCGCCAUCAGGAUCACGAACCAACAAGCCUCUGCUGAGAAAGCUGUGGGGUUGAAAGAUGCCAGUACUAUUAAAGGUUCUGGGCAAGAUGGCGACCUAGCAACUGGUGUUCCUGGCCCUAUUCACACAGAAGUCUCAGCAGAGCUUAUUCCAGCACUCCCUCCUCCAUGGCCUUUCUCUAGCCCAGAGACAGAAGCACCAGAGAGCACUACCCCUAAAGAGCCUUCUACCAACAACCUGGGAGCUUUUAGUGCUGAUAACAUGCCAUUGGCUGAAAAGAAGCCUGACUUUAAACAGGAAUCCAAUGAGACCAAAGAAGUGCCUUCUCAACCUGCCAAACCAGAGGACAACUCUGCCUCAACCCCGGGCGAAAAACCUUUUAGUGCAGACAAGCCGCCAUUGGCUGAGCUCGACCUUGAUGACAUAAUCAUAGAGACGCCUGAUCCGUCAGUCAUGGCCGGUAACUUAUUUUUGGAGGACAAUGCAGAUGAAGAAACAUCAAAAGUGGGCGCAGUAAAGAGGUCACCAUUCAGCCCCUUGAUGACUGGAAUGGAUCAUCAGGAUGGAGGUGUUGAACGGACAGCUGAUCCAGAGUCAACUGGAGUGCCAACAUCAAUGGAGCUCCACGUAGAGCACGGCCCAGUUGACACAAAGACACUUCCAGAGAUUGGAAACAUCACGUGUGGAGAUGCAGCUGAGAAGCACGCCAAAGGCCUAGAGCAGCCCGUUGAUAAGAAGCACGGGAAACAGAGCCCAGUGCCUCAUUCACCUUGUUUAUAUGACCUCAACAGGUCAGAUGAAGACAAGGAAAAUUUGAAAAGCAUGGCUGCUCUGAAGGCAGUUCCUCCCAGCAAAGACAAGGAAAUUAUGAAAAGCAUGGCUGCCCUGAAGGCAGGUCCUCCCAGCAAAGACAAGGAAAUUAUGAAAAACAUGGCUGCUCUGAAGGCAGGUCCUCCCAGCAAAGACAAGGAAAUGAUGAAAAGCAUGGCUGCCCUGAAGGCAGGUCCUCCCAGCAAAGACAAGGAAAUGAAAAUGCCAAUCAAAGCGAAAAGGCCGUCAUGGACUGAGGAGGUUAUGGGCUCCAAAGAGAAUGAUAAGAAACAUAUGGACCAUCAACCCCGGGAUGAGAAGGCCUCAUUAUCACAAGCUGAUGAGCACAAAUCAGCCACUCUAGAAGUUCAAGUGAACAAGAGUGUAGAGGAGUCACAUAGUUCUGAAUGGAACGCAGCGAAAGAGGAGGCAGGCGUUUUGGAAGAACACAGAAGAGAUGCUAACUGUGUUCUGAAAGAGCGCUCAGACAACGAUGUUAAACCAGAAGCUGCUAUUAUCAGAGUUGAGGGUCACAAGCAAAUCAUCUCAGAUGAAUCAGAGCUGCUCCAGAUGCCAGCUUCCCCAGAGCCCACUACACAGUCUUCAGCUUCCCCAGAGCCCACUACACAGUCUUCAGCUUCCCCAGAGCCCACUGCCCAGUCUUCUGCUACCUCAAAGCCCACUGCCCAGUCUUCUGCUACCCCAGAGCCCACUGCCCAGUCUUCUGCUACCCCAGAGCCCACUGCCCAGUCUUCUGCUACCCCAGAGCCCACUACCCAGUCUUCUGCUACCCCAGAGCCCACUGCCCAGUCUUCUGCUACCCCAGAGCCCACUGCCCAGUCUUCUGCUACCCCAGAGCCCACUGCCCAGUCUUCUGCUACCCCAGAGCCCACUACCCAGUCUUCUGCUACCCCAGAGCCCACAGUGACCCAGUCUUCUGCUACCCCAGAGCCCACUACCCAGUCUUCUGCUACCCCAGAGCCCACUACCCAGUCUUCUGCUACCCCAGAGCCCACUGCCCAGUCUUCUGCUACCCCAGAGCCCACUACCCAGUCUUCUGCUACCCCAGAGCCCACUGCCCAGUCUUCUGCUACCCCAGAGCCCACUACCCAGUCUUCUGCUACCCCAGAGCCCACAGUGACCCAGUCUUCUGCUACCCCAGAGCCCACUACCCAGUCUUCUGCUACCCCAGAGCCCACUACUCAGUCUUCUGCUACCCCAGAGCCCACUGCCCAGUCGUCUGCUACCCCAGAGCCCACUACCCAGUCUUCUGCUACCCCAGAGCCCACUACCCAGUCUUCUGCUACCCCAGAGCCCACUGCCCAGUCUUCUGCUACCCCAGAGCCCACUACCCAGUCUACAGCUACCCCAGAGCCCACUACCCAGUCUUCUGCUACCCCAGGGCCCACUACCCAGUCAUAUGCUACUCCAGAGCCCACUACCCAGUCUUCUGCUACCCCAGAGCCCACUGCCCAGUCUUCUGCUACCCCAGAGCCCACUACCCAGUCUUCUGCUACCCCAGAGCCCACUGCCCAGUCUUCUGCUACCCCAGAGCCCACUACCCGGUCUUCUGCUACCCCAGAGCCCACUACCCAGUCUUCUGCUACCCCAGAGCCCACUGCCCAGUCUUCUGCUACCCCAGAGCCCACUACCCAGUCUUCUGCUACCCCAGAGCCCACUGCCCAGUCUUCUGCUACCCCAGAGCCCACUACCCAGUCUACAGCUACCCCAGAGCCCACUACCCAGUCUUCUGCUACCCCAGGGCCCACUACCCAGUCAUAUGCUACUCCAGAGCCCACUACCCAGUCUUCUGCUACCCCAGAGCCCACUGCCCAGUCUUCUGCUACCCCAGAGCCCACUACCCAGUCUUCUGCUACCCCAGAGCCCACUGCCCAGUCUUCUGCUACCCCAGAUCCCACUACCCAGUCUUCUGCUACCCCAGAGCCCACAGUGACCCAGUCUUCUGAAUCACUUAGAAAACAGAUGAUUGAAGAGGAAAAUGGUAAAGAUAGUGUACCGUCAAUAUUGACUACACCCCUCCUGGAUCUCCCUGCGAAGGCUGUCGGUAGCUUCACCAUGGAGCGCACAUUGCUGUUAGACACGCCUGUGUCAGUGGAAGGAGACAUUUCUCCAGCUGCAGAGUCAGAUGUUAAGAAGAAAGAGGGGCCGUGCGAUAUGAAGCGUCCUCCCAGUAGGGAGGCUGUAACUGAGGCAGAAAGGCCUCUGCGGGCUACUUUAGAGGAGGAAACUAAGGAGAAGGGGACAGAGGGAGUAGGCAUGAGCACAUUGGAGCCAACAAAGAAUACCUUGCAAACAGGAUCUGAGACGGCUGAGGGGGGGGAAAAGUCCAGUGACCUGGCUGUCCCAACAAGAUGCUCUAAGAAAGCUUCUCAGCCAUCCUCACCAGACACCACAACCCAGGGUAACAUCCAGGGUAACAUCCAGGGUAACGUCCAGGGUAACUCAGGCAGUGAAGAGCCACAGUCCAAUGGACAGACCCCAGCAGAUAAGGAGGUCCCUUCUGGUCAAGCGUCAGAUACGGUUGUUCCUCCUCGACGCAGCAAGAAGAAACCCCUUUCCUUUCCUGUGGUCUUCCAGGAAGUUUCCCCAGAGGCCUCCACUCCCCCUGCGGACAAGGACGAAGCCCAUGGGAAGAAUGUGUUCGUCCUCAGCCAGGAGAUGCCUGGUCCUCUGCCCAGUCCUGGUCUCGUGUGCUCCAGCAGGUCUUUACUGGAGUGGUGCCAGGUGGUUACACAGGGUUAUAAGGGAGUGAAGGUCACUAAUUUUAACACCUCCUGGCGUAAUGGUCUGGCUUUCUGUUCCAUCCUACACCACUUCUAUCCCGACAAGAUAGCUUUUGAGGCACUGGAACCCAACGAUAUCAAGUUAAACAACAAGAAGGCCUUUGAUGGCUUCGCUGCGCUGGGCAUCUCCCGACUGCUGGAGCCCUCAGACAUGGUGCUGCUCUCUGUGCCAGACCGCCUGAUCAUCAUGACUUACCUGAGUCAGAUCCGCACCCACUUUACGGGGCAGGAGCUGAGUGUUCUUCAGAUAGAGCACAACAGCAGCCAGUCCAGCUAUGCAGUGACUGAGCCCAGUGAGGGUUCUGAUGUGGAUGCUGCUGCUCGCUUCUGUGCCCGCAAGUUACAGGAAGGUAGCAUCUCCCUGGAGGACAGUGCUACAGAACAGGCGCCCAAUGGGAGCCUAGUGCCACCUCCCCGGACUAAACGGGUGACAAAAUUGGAAGAGGAGGGAAGCGUAGCUGGGGAUUUGGAUGGGGGAACGGGAGAGACACAGACCCCCGUGCCUCCACCCAGGUCACACACCUCUGCAGCCAAAUCAGGAUUUGGUCACGUAAGAGACGCCGACCUGGUGAGGAAAAGGCGCUUGCGGCUGAAGAGUGAGUCCAUGGAUGAAGGGGAUGUGGUGGAACAGCAGAGUAGCACAUCUAAGAGCACAGAGUCAGCUGAAAGUGUAUCAGACAGAGAAGUGAAGAAUGUCUCCUCAGAAUCCGAGUCAAGGAGCCCAGCACAAGUCCAGGAGUCCAGUGUCCCAAGCCAGGAGGAGGAUACUCUGGACACCAGUCAGUAUGUGCUGAGUGAGCUGCAAGCCCUGGAGACUGAACAGAAGCACAUCGACAACCGAGCAGGCAUCGUGGAGAGGAGACUCAGAAGACUGAUGGAAUCAAGUAGCGACCGUGACGAGGAAGAGAAACUGAUCCAGGAGUGGUUCACUCUGGUCAACAAGAAGAACGCCCUGAUCAGGAGACAGGAUCAUCUGGAGCUGCUGCAGGAGGAGCAGGACUUGGAGAAACGAUUUGAACUACUGAAUAGAGAACUUAGAGCCAUGAUGGCCAAUGAAGAGUGGCAGAAGACUAAGGCCCAGCAGCACCGGGAGGAGCUCCUACUGCAGGAACUGGUCUCUCUGGUCAACCAGCGGGACGAGCUGGUCAGGGACUUGGACGCCAAGGAGAGAGGUGCCGUAGAGGAGGAUGAGCGUUUGGAGCGGGGGCUGGAGCUUAGACGCAGGAACUUCAGCAACAAAGACAAGUGUGUGCUGCAGUGAGAGUAGGGACGACAAUGACAAAUAGCGCAGUGCCUUAAAUACCAACCCAUCUACAACUAAACCUCCUCAAUCUCUGCUUCAAACCAAGCUCUCUGUCACUCAGGAACCUACAAUAUGAAACACUCCUAGACAAACAUGUCACCACAUGUCACCACCAACAAAUCCUUAACUGGGAUUUUGGGACUGAUCGUUAAUAAACAAUUAUACCCCCGGGGGUGCUGGGGCUGUGUGCCUUCCCUUUUGGAGAUACUUGAAUAAAUAAAUCCCUCUGUACCUUGAGGUAAGAGACUCUGGGAAGGUCGCCCAUCCAUGGAGUACUUUUGAUUGAGAAACGAGGACCUUUCCAAUUCAGUCUGUCAAUGUGCCUUACUCUGUCAUUCAAUAGACAGAAAUCCCACUGUACAAACAGAUGUGUUGUGUACUUUUAGACUGCCAUGAAGCUAAGAGGUUCAGAUGUAUAGGCCAUAAUGUUUAUUUUUAUGUCUAUAAACAUCUCACUGAUCUCAUCAACAAUAUAAGAGAACUUUGCCUGAAUGCUUUGGUGGAACUGGCUAUGAAAUGAACGGUCUGGUGUUUAGACACAAAAUAAAUCAGUCCUCUGUGUAUAUAGGAGGGUUUGGUAACAUCAGGCCGCUGUGUAUACAGGAGGGUUUGGUAACAUCAGACCGCUGUAUAUACAGGAGUGUUUGGUAACAUCAGGCCUCUGUGUAUACAGGAGGGUUUGGUAACAUCAGUUCUGUGUAUACAGGAGGGUUUGGUAACAUCAGCUCUGUGUUUUACUUUGGACCCAGAUGUUUGAUGAAAGACUCAAGUUUAUGAGAGUAUCAUGUCUUGAUGACUUCUGGUGAUGACUUGUAAUUGUGUUUUAUCAAUCUUUCUAUUAUUUAUGGAUUGGACAUGUGCAUGAGAAAUGUUUGGGUUAGGUGUGUCAUAUUACAAGUGGCAUGAACAGUCAGAUCUAACCAGAAAUGAAAUAAAAAGAGAAUAGUGAAUAAAGGUGAAACUAGUUGUAGACAGAAGCUAGUAGUCCUACUUGGAAAACAUACAUACCAUCCUGUAUAUAAUACUGUAUGUCCCUCUAUUAUUCUGAGUCUCCCAAGUGGUGCAGCGGUCUAAGGCACUGCAUCUCAGUGCUAAAGGUGUCACUACAGACCCUGGUUUGAUACCAGGCUGUGUCACACCUGGCUGUGAUUGGGUAGCACACAAUUAUCCCAGUGUUGUCCGAGUUAGGGUUUGGCAGGGGUAGGCCAUCAUUAUAAAUAAGAAUUUGUUCUUAAGACUUGCCUAGUUAAAACAAAUUUAAAUGAAUUACCUGACACUGCAGAUCUUUCAAUGUUUUUUUUAAUUUUUAGCAAAGACCUUUAUUCUCUGUCAAAUUGUCUAGUAUUAAUAGAGUCAACAUUUACCAAUGGCUUGUUUGAUGUUAUGUGCUAUUUAUCAUAGAUGAUGAUUACUAUUAUUCAUGGUGUUAUUAAUAUUAUUUUCUUCUAUUUUUUCAACUAUUUCAAUUUUUGUUUUGUUUUCUGCAUUGUUGGAAAGGGCCCUUAAGUAAGCGUUUCAUUGUUAGUCAACACUUCUUCCUUUUUUUUACGAAGCAUGUGACAUUUUGGGGGGGGAGGGGUAGAUCUGAAAAUGUAAUGAUGUGACAAUAAAGUAUUACUUUGUCCAAGCCUCUUUUUAAAAAGGAUACGCAAUGUUUUGUUUAAACCUGUGAAUGAUACAUAAUACAUUUUAAGAGUUUGUUUGAAUAAGUUUUCUCUAAUUUGUUGUCAUAUUAAAUUAUGUGGUACUACUUCACUUUUUCGUGGAUAGAUGUCAUUGUGGUCUGAACAUAUCUAUUAUCUUGAUCUUGCACUAUUAUUUAUUACGUUUGUGCAUGAAGAAUAAAUACGCCUCCUUUGGUGGUUCAG